UCAGAACACUCGAAACCCUAGUUUGCCCUCGAUUUUCCUUUCAAUUCCGUUUGGAUGCCGAGAAAAGCUCCUGUGACGUGGAAGUCUCAGCGUGUUUUGACUCGGUCCAAUUCAGUGAUUGCCUUUGAGUGAAUAUUUUGCCCGAGAAAUCAAAGCAGAAGAUUCUCAGUAAUUUUGUCUCGGAAUCCGUUGGUUCUUAUUUGUAUUGGAUUUUCUUGCAAUUCCUUAGCUCCGCUACGCGUUUGUUCAACUUGAUGGUGCUGUUGACCUGACUUGGGGUAUUCUGUGCGCCUCACAGCAUCAUGACUUCUUCUGUACAUGAUCUCUCUGGGUUAAAGAGAAAGAUUUUAUCUAUUAAGAGAUGGCCUUUUGGAUAAUAGUGAGGCUGAUGAACAGAAAAAGCUUUUAGAAAGCCAAGUCCAGUCUUCCUCUCCAGCACCUGGGAUGUCUGAUCCUACCAUUACAACAUCAAAUGUUCAAUAUGUGACACCUCCACAACUAGGACCAGGAAAUGCAAUGGGUCCUGCAGCAUACCCAUACCCAGAUCCUUACUACAGAAGUAUUUUUGCUCCUUAUGAUUCACAGCCAUAUCCUGCACAGCCUUAUCCUGCCCAGCCCAUGGUCCACCUUCAGUUGAUGGGUAUCCAACAAUCUGGUGUCCCUUUGCCAUCUGAUGCUGUUGAGGAGCCUGUAUUUGUAAAUGCAAAACAGUAUCAUGGCAUUUUACGGCGUCGGCAAUCUCGUGCAAAAGCUGAGUCAGAGAAUAAAACUGUCAAGUCUCGGAAGCCAUACCUGCAUGAAUCUCGACAUCUGCAUGCACUGAGACGAGCAAGAGGAUGUGGAGGUCGUUUCCUCAACACAAAGAAGACCGAAAGCCAACAGAAAGAAGCAGCCUCUGGUGACGAAUCACAAACCAAUGCCAAUGUCAACGUCAACGGAGACAACAAUGUCGCUCCAUCAGAAAGGUUAGCUUGAUAAUCGAAGCAAUUGUUGUACUCUGCAACAAGUGGGACACAAAAGGCCACUAACCCAACCCGCCAACACCUAGGAAGUUAGAAAAAGACCAGCUUAAACAAGUCACUUGUUGCCCGUGAUUAGGUGAAUUAGGUUUUGUACUCUUGGCCAAGUGGUGUGUAUAUAGAGUUUUCGGAGCAGUAGGUUGUAGCGAGGUUGAAGCCGGUUUUUGGGGGGGGGGAGGACGAGUGUUUCUUCGAUGCUGACGUGCUGUGCUGUGUUGUGUUGUGUUGUGCUGUGCUCUUCCUUAGAGAAUGGUAGUUGAGCUGUGGUGUGAUUGAGAAUGUUAGACGUGUAGCAUUGGACUAGUCUUCUUCUUGUUGCUUUUACUUGCACGGCCCUAUAUACGUUGUGUUAGAGCUAUUUCACGACGAUUCUAUUGUUGUUAGUAUUCCGAAUAAGAGAGCUAGCUAUGUAUCUUCUCA